GACCGGUUGGUGCUCUUUCUAUUUGUGACACAGUUCGAGACUAGUGCGCUAGUGAGAGUACAGUUUUGUGGUGUUUGUUUCACCAUUCACCAUAUCGUGAUACUUGCUCAGACGUUCAGUUUGCCAGGUAGUGAAGACAGAAGAACACUCGCAUCUUAUAAUCAUGUUGCUGGAAGCGAUAUCAUGUGGCAGCGCCAUGUGUAAUAUGCUAAUAGGUGGGCUGGUGCUAUUGGUUAUUAUAUUGAUAUGGAGUAUACGGCGACCGCCUGGUAUGCCACCAGGGCCACGUGGUCUGCCAAUCAUCGGCAGCUUACUAUCAAUCACACAAAAUAUGCAUCUGGACUUUCUGAACAUGGCGAAGAAGUACGGUGACGUAUUUACCAUCAAGUUAGGGAGUCACCAAGUUGUUGUUCUCAAUAAUUAUGAACUGAUUCUGGAGGCUUUGGUAAAGAAGCAAUUCGAUUUUGCUGGACGCCCUCACACGUUUACAGGUGACAUGUUUUCAGAAGGUGGACAAGAUAUCGCUUUAAGUGAUUUUGGAACAACAUGGAAACUGCAUAGAAAGAUUGCACAUCAAGCCAUUAGGGAUUAUGUCUCUGGAAGAAAACUCGAGCGCCUGAUUCGCGAAGAUGCAUUUCCCCUGUUGCAAGAGAUCUUAGAAGAGAACGACGGCAAAUCUAUUCAUCCACGUCCACUCGUUCUCUUAUUGGUUAACAACAUUAUGGCUCAAUUUUGCUUUGGUCAGAAAUACACACUUGACGACCCGGAGUUCAAAUCGAUAAUGAAAUUAGUAGAUGAUUUUGUUGAAAUUGGCGGUAAUGGGUUGGUGGCUGAUAUCAUUCCAUGGUUGGCUUACAUUCCAACUAAAGGCGUUCGUGAAAUACGGAAGAUGACCGACGUCUUCCUGCGAAUGAUGUAUGACAAAUUUUAUGAGCACAAGAAAAAGUUUGACAAAGACAAACUGCAUGACUUGAUUGACUAUCUUCUCAAUGUCCAACGUCAAGCCCAGGAAGACAAGACGGAAAACAUCGACAGCUUAAAUGAUACCCGAUUGGUUCAAACUGUUUCCGAUUUAUUCGGAGCCGGCAUUGACACCACCACCCAUACGCUAGACUGGGCAAUAAUGUUUUUGGUUCACCACCCGGAUGUGCAGGCCAAGGUUGCCAGGGAGAUUGAUGACGUCAUUGGUGGAGAGCAAUUCCCGUUAAUAUCUGACCGACCUCGUAUGCCUUAUUGCGAUGCUGUUAUUCACGAAGUAAUGCGCGUGCGUACUGUGGCGCCGAUGUCAGUACCACACAAAGCAAUGGUUGAUUCCACCAUUGGUGGUUAUAACAUUCCAAAGGAUACAUGGGUAAUGAUCAACCUGUGGGCUGUCCAAAUGGAUAAAAAACAUUGGGAUAACCCGGAAGAGUUUAAACCAGAGAGAUUCCUCGAAAAAGAUGGCACAUUAAAACCCAAACAGGACAACUUCAUGCCAUUCUCUGCAGGACGACGUGUCUGUCUGGGUGAAUCAUUGGCUAAACCAGAGAUAUUCUUGCUAUUCACGUCACUGUUUCAGCGAUUUCAAUUUUCACAUGUGCCUGGUAAAGCUUUGCCACAACUAGACGGCACAGCCAGUGCUUUGAUCCUCAGAGCACCUGAUUACGAAAAUACGCCGUUUUGGCGUCGGCGUUUUGACACCGUCGUAAAAGGGGUGGACCAGAUCCUAAACACCGUUAUCACACCGGCUUUUGCACAACGCAAUGUGCCAUGUGAACGCAACACGACGGCUAAACGCCCUCUAUCGCCGACUUAUUUAUACUUGUCAGUACACAAGGGGGUGUCAAAGGUUACAGGUCGAAUGUCGAACUGGUCAGACGAAGAAACGAGAUUACAGAUAUAUGUAUGGAGAGAAUCGAAUAUUCAAAUAAUGAUGGACGGAACGUCUAGAGAUGCUAGAGUAUAUGCUGUGAUUGUAGAAAAAGUGGCUGAAAAGGGGUUGGACAGGACGUCAUUACAAUGUCAACGGAAGAUCAAAACUUUACGUAUAAAGUACAGAAAAGCGACUGGGCACAACAACAGAAGCGGUAGAGAUUCGGAAACAUCUUGA